CAAAGCCCCUUCUUCUUGAAUCUUGUCAUGUCAGGAUAUCACACCAAGAUUUUCUUUUUCCUGAACUAGCGUGUGCGACAAAAGGUGAGAGUGUUGAAACAUGGAGAAGCAUUCUGACAUCUACCCUCAUCCAUUCCCCAAUCAUCAUCUCAAAUGGGAUCAUAAGCUUAAUCUGAUUGGGGAGAAAGUGGUGGAUCCAAUGAUUCACUGCUGUGAGAAAUGCACAAUGCCGAUAUUGAGCUACGGUCGAAUGAUUCCCUGCAAGCAUGUGUUUUGCUUUGACUGUGCUAAAGCCACUGACAAGAGCUGCCUAAGGUGUGGUGACAGUGUCCAACGAAUUGAACAGUCUCCAUUAGGUGGCAUCUUCAUCUGCACCUAUGGGGGCUCCAAGCAUAGCCCAGGUGGCUGCAGACGGACUUAUCUUUCUCAACGAGACCUUCAAGCUCACAUUAACCAUCGUCAUAACAGACACUCCUCAUCAAGCUCAUCCAGUACUCAACCAUCGAGUGAGCAACCAACUCGCCAUGAGCGUCCUAUCGGGGAGGAUCCUCGCACACGCUACACAACACCCCAGGAGACCUACAGCACCCCAGGAGCCCCGCAGCAUCUCCACGAACGCAUGCCCUACGAGGCGGAACCUGCUGAUAUACCCGUUUCACCAAACCCCCACAGCGAGUACGGGAUUGAGCGGGUUCAAGUCCGGAAGUCCAAUCUGAUCACGGUGCCCCUUCAGGAAGAAAAGAACUACAGCGGGAAUAUCCACGAGCAGGCGCCCCCUCCACCUCAACAGGCACAUCAACCACACCAGCUACCCCCAUCUGCUGUGACAUACACAGGGCAGCAACCACUGCCUCAGCAUCAGGUCCCAGGCCCACCACCGCCCCCUCCUCAGUCCCCUUUAUACCCAGCUCAGGGUGUCCUACCCCCUAUGGUCCAUCAGCCACCACCUAUGUCCUACGCUGUAGUCACACCCCAGUCGGUUAUGACAGUCUCUCAUUCAGUUCACCAAGCACCCCCAUCAGUCCAGCCUGCUCCUUACUCCUCGGUCCAUGUCCCACCCGUUCCUUCACCCGUAUCCAUUCCUGGAACAGUGCCAAUGUACAGUACUGCAUCUCAACCCCACUACACUUCGACCACACCCGAGCAGAGCCCGUCGUUUCAAAGCCCAGUCGCACCCCCUACAUCCGGGCAGAACUGGGUAACCGGGGUGUCCAUACCUCCACAGAGUAUGGUGGGGAUGCCACCCAUUAUACCCGGUAUGUCACCCCAGACUGCAGGUGUCGGGGCAGAUUUAGGCCCACCACCUUCCAGGGGACCCCCACCCGAUGCUGUUAGGUACAGACCUCCAUACUACCAGUAAUCAAAUUAAGUAAAACUACUAAUUAUAAAUUGUACAUGAUUAAACAGUAGGAGUGCUUCAUUACAGUUGUCAACAGCUUUUUGGGGGUUAGAAACCCCCCAAAAUAAAUGUAGGUUUUGAACUGCCUUACGCAAAUCUUAGUGGUCUAGUUGGUAUUUAAAUACACCUGCUC